CCGGCCGGGUCAGUCAAUCCAGAGCGUUCUUACUUGUUAUGUUGUUGUUAAUACGCUGAAUUACGUUUUUGAUUUCACACACAAAAUCCCAAGGAGCCCAGGCAUAAGAGAGAUAGAGAGUCAGAAGAAGUUCCUUGAUAAGAAAGCCCCUGAGCCGCGUUCUCAACACACUAUCCCGGGGAAAAUUAUGAGUCGCGAGUGAAGUUGCAGAUAUCCUUCAGCAUCCAGUUCGAUAUCACAGUUGCUAGAUGACUUUUUUAAAUUAUAUUUUUAAUUACAUGUGUAACAAUACGAUAUCAAGGUGAUAUUUAAGUGCUGUGAAAAGUCUAUCUGCCGCUUAAAUUUCUGGAGAAAAAAAAAAGACACGAGAGAAGACUUGUGAACGCCAACAUCAAGAGAAGAGAAGAGGAAGAAAUCUGCAGAAAGGACAGAGAUUCCAAAGAAGGCCUGAACAAGGACAGCCAAGACGAAGUGCAGUCAAUUGCUGUGUUAGAAUCUACAAAAAAAAGAGGAGCAAAAUAGGGGGCAGAAAGAAGAAUCAAACCAAGAUUUUCGAUAUUGUUGAGAGACCAAUGAAAAUGGAGGUGUUGUCAGUACAAAGUAUGUUUCAACGGGAGUUCGGCCCGACUAAAUUGGAUGUCAAAGACUGGAUCAUACCAUUGCAACCACCCACUGCAAGCCAUCAGCAGUCGCAGGAGCAGCACGAGGAUGCGCUGCAGGCCCUGUCGCUGCGCCUCCAGAAUGAGCUGAAGGCGGCCAAGAGUCGGCACCUAGCGUGCACCGAGGUCCUCCUGCCAGCUGACCUCCUGCGGCGUGUGGCAUCGGAGAUGCUGUCCAUGUCGGAGAAGGAACCAUGUGGUAUUCGUGGCUGUACAAUUUACAUUGAAUUCGAGGAGGAGCCUAGCAAUUCAAGGCGGAUUGCCACGCUGAAGGCCGAUCCUAGCACAGUAUCAACUUUUGAGCUUUACCUGACUCUCAAGCAGGACAGGAGUGGGUGGACGUCAAUAUUGCCACAAUUUCUCAAGAAUUUGGCCCGUGGAAGUACAAUAAUGAUAAGUCCAGAUUUCAAUUUAACAAAGAACAAAUUGUAUCGUUCCUUCAGUGAGUAAGCCAACACACACACACAUCAUUUUGUUAAGGAAUUUUUCACUUAUCAUUCGGGGAUAAGUUUUUCUUCUGAGAUGAGAGAGAGAGAAAGAGAGCGCCAUCAUAUGUGAAUUUUAUCGUGCUGUUUUAGGAUCACACGAUCCUAGCAAUUUGUCGGGUUAAGGAGUGGAAAGAGAGAAGAAGAAAAAAACAUACACAAUGCGAGAUGGAGAAACCAAUUUACAGUGAAGGAGGAAGAAAACAAAUUUUUGUGAGAGAAUUUUGCAUGCAUUAGGUGGAACCUAUCGUAAUAGUUCUUAAGGAUAUAUAAACUAUAUAUAUGCAAAUAUGAUCUUAUUUUGUGCAAACGAUUGAGAGCAAGGAGGAUCGAUAUUAUCUGAAGAGAUGAAUCUUUUGCAUAUUAUUUUCCUCAAUUAAUUACCCUGACGAUCUUUUUUUUCUUCUAAGAAUUAUUGCUUUCAAAGUGAAGCGCAGAGUCUCGCAUUUAGUGUGAAAAUACUUAGAAUUUGCGAUGGAAUUGCGAGAGAGAGAGAGAGUGAGGGAGAUGAAGAGGGGUUGAAAACAAUAUGAUUUUUUUUCUUUUUGAGAACAGAAAAUACAGCCUAAGCAAGUGUGCAACACCUAGAGUAUUAAACUGAAAGAGAAUUAGGUUCAGCACACUUGCUAAGCUGUGAUGAUUGUGCAGAUGCUUUUUAUCUCUAAAUUCCCGACUUAAUGAGUCUCUGGAUUGCAAUUAAUACUGGAACAUCAAGUGAAUCUUUUUCAACUCCAGAAGAGAGAGAGAGAGGGAAAAAAAGCACUCAUUGUUCUGCAUUCACACAAUCAUCUCCACUGUAUUUUCUAAUUGCACUUGAAGGAGAGGUGAAAAAAAAAGAUUGUUUUCAAUGAAGAUGAAAAGAGGCACAUUGUAAACUCACAAUAUAUGUAAGUGGAAAAAAACUAAGUGUAUUUAUAUUGAUGUAAUAACAUUGGUAGUGGUUAUUGCAUACUGAAUAUGCUCGAAGAAUAUAUAUAUAUAUAUUGCUGAGAAUUUAUAGUAAUGUGACGAGAAUACUACAUUGUGAUCGGGGCACGAGAGAGAUAUUACAAUCUCAGUUUUCUUUUAACAAGCGAUUUAAUUUUUCUUUCCACCUUCCCCUGAAAAGUAAGAAAACCCCUCACACUUUAAUACUUAUAAGAUUUUUUUUUAAAAUACCUUUAAAAGCGCACUGUCGGUUAAUUCAAAGCUACAAUAAUUUGAAUUACAUUGUCUGAGCUGAGCUGGCAACAGUUGCGCCCUGUCCCCACCAAAAAAGGCACUUUUGAGAGCAAUGGAGAGAAAAAUUCUUUUUGAAAAAAUUUUUAGAGGCUAAACAGCGAAAAAAUACUUGCAAUAUCCGAUGAGAAACGAGAGAGAGAGAGAGAGAGAGAACUCCUCUCCAAUGGCGUGUUGUUUAAUUGAUGCAAAAAGAGAGUUUGCUGGCAUGAAAUUGAAAAAGAAGUUAAAAUUAAUGUGAUCCAAUUAAAGUUCAAAUAUUUCUAAAUGUUAGAGAGGUAAAGAAAAAAACAAAACAAAACAAUGAAUGCGCGCGAUUCUUGAGAAAUUCUGGUCUUUUCUAAAUAUGACGAAAAUUGUCCCUUCAAAUCUGGUCAUCGACAUUUUAUCACCAUUUUUAAUCAUCCGCGACCCUUCAAUCACACAGCACUUUCUUCAUGAUGAGAUAAAGCAUGCUAAUUGGUAACACCGUUUCAUUCUUAGCUUUUGCUUGUCUCGACAGCAGAAGAAAGUCUAUAUUUUUUUGUUAUUUAUUUGAAUUCCUGAUCACAAUACGAGUUAUCCCACCAUGUGAUUAAUAAAAGUAGAUGUGUAAGUAAUUUUAUAUGAUACAUGAUAGAAACAAAAACAUCUUAGUAUUAAAGCAAGAGCAGAGAGAAAGGGUGGAAUUUAACGCGACAGCAGGCGGUGGACGAGGAAGAGAUCAUGCAAGGAUUUUUGUAGAGAAGAAGAAGAAAGGAGAAAAGAUAUUAAAUGUAUGAAUGUGUGUGCUAUUCUCGAUGGAUAACAAAGAAGAAGAAAAAACAAGUAAUCAGAAUAAACGUUUGACGAUUGCGUUUGUAGAGAGUCCUGUAGAUUUUUAUUUUCUUUUUUACUACAAUAUUUUUUUCUCUUUUUUUUUUACAUUGAACCCCUUUUGUAAGAGGGAAAAAGAAGUGCGUGCGCGUUUUUUCGGCAGGAGAACUUUUUCUUUUUAAAUAUAGAAAGAAGUGUGGAGGAAAAAAAAAACACAGAGAAGAACUUUGCAGAAGUUUCUUUCGAUACUUUCUCAAGUACAAGAAGUCCCGAAUUAUGGAUUCCGCGAUGAUCCGACGUUCGGGAUUAAGUGUCAUUCUAAUACAAGUAAACUUGCAUUGGGAUUGACAUGAUGAUUUUUAUUGAUAAUGUAUUUGAUAUAAUAUAUUUUGUAAGAUGAUACAAGCAUGUAUUAAUAGAACGUAGGAAGCAAAACGUGAUCAAAAUCAGUUGUUGAUUUCCCCGAUCAGUCUUUUUUUUAUUUUUCUUCAACUGACCGACAAAAGAAUUUGAGAUAGAGAGAGAGAGAGAGAGAGAUUAGAGAAGAAACAAAACUUGGAAAUCAAAGAAAAUAGCAUGUUUUCAGUAUUUUCCUUUUCGUCAUAAAUGCCAUUUUUUCCCCUUUAAAUUUUUCUGUCUUUGAAUUGUCAAAUUCUCUGCAAAUUUCUCUUCUCGAUGUAAAAUCUCGUGAAGAGUUUAUUUCACAAAACAGAAAUACAUUAAAAAAAAACCUGCAAGAUAUCAUAGAAAAAGAAAAAAAAUAGAGAGAUAAAGUCCCAACCAAAUUUCUUCCUUUGCAAUUUUACUCAAGUUUUUUUUUUUUCAUACUAGAUUUUAAGACAAAUGUAUUUAACGAAGAAAUAAAAAGAAAAAAACAAAACAAAUAUAAUUGUGAGUAUAUAAAAAAGAAGAAAAAAUGAAUAAAAAAAGUGAUAGUAUAUUUCGUGAUAAUAUUUAAGGAAUAUUGAUUCAAGGAAGAUGAGAAGAUAUCAAGGAAUGAUGAUGAAGAUGCGAAAGAGCCACCGUGAAAAAUACAAUUAUAGAAAGAGAGAAAGAGAGAGAGAGAGAGAGAAGACCAAUCUUGCAAGAUCGGUGAGAGAAAUGCACUCGUAAGCAGAAAAGUAAAGGAUUAAUUGAAUAAAAAAAAUGGAGUAAAAAUAACUCAUUUCACAUAGAAUAUUGGAACAAUGGAUAUGAAAUCACUCAAUAUUACCCCCCUUAUUGCAUGUGUCACACUUAUAAUGGAUGUCAAAAUGGAAAAAAUAGAAAUAUAUUAUAAUGAAAUAGUAGAUUGAACCAUAUGGAAUUAACCUUCUCAGCAGAAAACAACCAAUUUAACGAGUACAUAACCUAUUUUGAGCAUUGAAUCAGUAAACCGACACCUUUAUUUCUCAAUUGAUAUAAGAGAAGAUGAAAUAUAUAUAUUACGUGUUUGAUCAAGUCUAACAUAUUGUGAUUUUUAAUAUUAUGUAUACAUUACAAUUUGAAAUAUUUUACAAAACAUGAUAAAAUCAAUGCCUUUUCAAAUGUGGUGUCGUCGAGAGACUUUUCUUUGACAUUCACACGCAUGCAGAGGCAUUUCUUCAACUUUUUUUUAAACGAUUAUUCGUGAGAUCUUUGAAAAAAAAUAUUCAUUUCACCUUUUUAUUAUUUUUGUCAAAAUUAUUAUACACACAAAAUGUGACGAUAUUUUAUGUAUUUUCUCUCGAUUUGAUGAUAAAUGAAUGGAAAGAAUACAAAAAAAAAUUAAAGUUUCUAUGAAUCGAACGAAUUAUUUAUAAUUAUAGAUUUUUUAUAUAUAUAUGUACUAAGAAAUGAUAAAAA